AUGAGUUUUAGUUCUCCGUUCACCACUGAGAUCUUCAACCCUGCGCUUCCCGUCAGAGUACCAGUGACUCACUUUGCCUACGGUAAGCGUCUCCGAGUGGUUGUGAGACCCCUCGACAGGAAAGAUAAACAGUUUCAUGUGAAAUCUGAAGAACGGGGAAGACAUUAUCGUUGUUCACUUCAAUCCUCGCCUCAAGGAUGGAGACUUGGUGUUUCAACUCAUACUAUCUUGGACAUUGGCAGACUGAGGAGAGAGGAACUCGUAUACAGCAACGGACACUUCCUCUACGACUUCGAAGAGCGACACUUCCUCUACGACUUCGAAGAGCGACAGUCUGGCUGGUCAAUCACGUCCAUCGACAUCGGCGGAGAUGUACACGUGCACUCCGUGCAAAUCGAAUAA